GAGACGACUGGACAUCGAUCUUCUGAUGGUGUUAAGGCAUACAAAUGUAAAAGUUCAUCGCUUAAAAGAAAAGCCAGUGAAAUAUUACAAGGCACUUUACAGACGUCUAACCCUGACGUAAAACUUCAGACUGCGAUUAACGUACAGGAUAAGAGGGCCGAGUUUGAUGCUGAUGAACAAGCAAUACCAGAUUCGAUGCAAAGAACUGCGAUUUCUACAA